GAGGAGUACAUUUACAUGAACAAAGUGACAGUCAACAGGCAGAAUGCUGAGUCUCAGGACAAAGUGCCUGAGGAGCAGGGCCCACUGAGCAAUGGGGGACCUGGCCAGCACACCUUGGCCCCUCAGAAGAGCCUUCCAGACCUCCCUCCACCCAAGACAAUUCCAGAACGGAAACAGCCUGCCGUCCCAAAGAUCGAGUCUCCAGAGGGUUACUAUGAAGAGGCCGAGCCAUACGACACGUCUGUCAAUGGCCAUUCUGGCAGAUCUCUCCCUCCUGGAGUCCCCAGAUGGGUGCAGGUGCCCGAAGGAGUCAUUUACGCCACGAUCACCUUGGAGGACGGUGAGGCCGUGAGCAGCUCCUACGAGUCCUACGAUGAAGAGGAGACCAAGGGCAAGGCCGCACUCUACCAGUGGCCCUCCCCGGAGGCCAGCAUCGAGCUGAUGCGGGACGCCCGCAUCUGCGCCUUCCUGUGGCGCAAGAAGUGGCUGGGCCAGUGGGCCAAGCAGCUCUGCGUGAUAAGGGACACCAGGCUCCUGUGCUACAAAUCCUCCAAGGACCACAGCCCUCAGCUAGACGUGAACUUGCUGGGCAGCAGCGUCAUUCACAAGGAGAAGCAAGUGCGGAAGAAGGAGCACAAGCUGAAGAUCAUGCCCAUGAACGCCGACGUGAUUGUGCUGGGCCUGCAGAGCAAGGACCAGGCCGAGCAGUGGCUCCGGGUCAUCCAGGAGGUGAGCGGCCUGCCUUCCGAAGGAGCCUCCGAGGGAAACCAGUACAUCCCAGAUGCCCAGCGCCUGUGCUGUCAGCGGCCAGAUAUAGCUGAAAAGUACCUGUCUGCUCCAGAGUACGGAAGCUCCACAGACAGCCACCCUGAGGUCCCAGAGACCAAAGAUGUCAAAAAGAAAUGCUCUGCUGGCCUCAAACUGAGCAACCUAAUGAACCUGGGCAGGAAGAAAUCCACCUCGCUGGAGCCCCCAGAGAGGUCCCUGGAGACAUCUAGUUACCUGAAUGUUCUGGUGAACAGCCAGUGGAAGUCACGCUGGUGCUCCGUCAGGGACAGCCACCUGCACUUCUACCAGGACCGGAACCGCAGCAAGGUGGCCCAGCAGCCCCUCAGCCUGGUGGGCUGUGAGGUGGUCCCAGAUCCCAGCCCCGACCAUCUAUACUCCUUCCGCAUCCUCCACGGAGGGGAGGAGCUGGCCAAGCUCGAGGCCAAGUCUUCCGAGGAGAUGGGCCACUGGCUAGGCCUCCUGCUGUCCGAGUCAGGCUCCAAGACAGACCCGGAAGACUUUACCUACGACUACGUGGACGCCGAGAGAGUCUCCUGUAUCGUGAGCGCGGCCAAAACCUCUCUCCUACUGAUGCAGAGAAAGUUCUCAGAGCCCAACACUUACAUCGACGGGCUGCCCAGCCAGGACCGCCAGGAGGAGCUGUAUGACGACGUGGAGAUGUCAGAGCUGACGGCCGCGGUGGAACCCGCGGAGGAAGCCCCCCCUGCCGUAGAUGCACCCUCUGAGAGUGAGCUUGACCGGGUGUACCUGGACCUCACGCCAGUCAAGUCCUUCCUGUACAGCUCCGGCGGAGCCCAGGCUCAGACCUUCUUCCCCCCGUCUCCACCCUUCGAUGAUCCAGCUGAGGCCCUCCCUGCAGACCCAGGUCCGGCCCCAGAUGAGCCCUGCACCAAGUCUGCAGAGAACCCAGAGCAGCAGCUGGAGAGCCGGGAGCCCGAGGAGCCUUCCCUGAGAAUCACCACAGUCAAAUUCCAGCCUGAGCAGCAGAGAAUCUCCUUCCCACCAAACUGCCCCGAUACUGUGGCUGUCACCCCAGCUAGCGCCAGCCCACCUGUGAAGGACAGGUUGCGAGUGACCAGUGCAGAAAUCAAACUUGGCAAGAAUCGGACAGAGGCUGAGGUGAAGCGGUACACAGAGGAGAAAGACAGACUCGAGAAGAAGAAGGAAGAGAUCCGGGGGCACCUGGCUCAGCUCCGGAAAGAGAAACGGGAGCUGAAAGAGACCCUGUUAAAGUGUGCAGACAAGGGAGUCCUGGCCAGCUUGGAACAGAAGCUGAAGGAAAUUGACGAGGAGUGUCGGAUAGAGGAGAGCAGGCGUGUGGACCUAGAGCUCAACAUCAUGGAGGUGAAGGACAACCUGAAGAAGGCUGAGGCUGGGCCCGUGACACUGGGCACCACUGUAGACACUACCCACCUGGACAACAUGAGCCCUCGUCCCAAAGCCGCCGCCGCCUCCACCUCCCCCCCAGACUGCACCCCAGUCAACUCUGCAACCGCCCUCAAGAACAGGCCUCUUUCUGUCAUGGUCACAGGCAAGGGCACCGUCCUCCAGAAAGCCAAGGAAUGGGAGAAGAAAGGAGCAAGUUAG